AAAAGGUUCUCUCUCUCUCUCUCUCUCUCUCUCUCUCAUUCUCCAAAAGAGAAAAACCGAGCUUGGAACUUGUAGAAGAGUAGAGACACAAAAAGGGCAAAAACCGCUUAUCGGGGAGACAAAGAGCAAAAAGAAAAAAAAAAAAAAAAAUACCCACAAAUGCUCUGCAAAACCUCUUUUUACAGAGAUUUUUAAGUACAGGAAUCCUUAUCAUACGCCUAGUGAGUGCUGGGUCCUAAGCGUACGCCCACCCUCCACCCCCCAGAACAGGCUUUGCGUAAUAUAGGCUUCACCUGAAAGAGGGAAAGGUACAAAGCCACAUCCAGUUGCCUUCCUCAUCUUUAUCCCUCUAUCUAUGUGUAUGGAGCUUGACACGUGUAGUUAGCGGGGGUUAUUGUCUCUGUAUCGUUCUUUGCGGUUCUUGAAGUGGUUGAAAGAUUAGAUCUUUGGAUACCCUUUGGGGUUUAAAGAAGUGGGUUUUUCGAGCUUUUUGGAUUUUUGAUAUGGAUCUGCUGAUUUUUUUCUAUGGGUUUUUUGGGGAAGUGAAAGGUUAGGGUUUUCAUGCAAAACAAAGAAGACCCAUAUCUAUGUAAUGUCUGAUUCUGUCAUGCAAAUAUAGAUAUUUGGGGUAGGGCUUUGGUUUUUAGGGAGGAAAAAAAAAAAGGAUAAGAUUUUGGAUUGUAUCUGUUGGAUUUGGAGUGAUUCCGUAUUAGAGAUCUCAAUCUAUCACAAGCAAGCAAGCGAACAAAGAGAAAAAAAAAAAAAAAAAAAGAAGGAACAAAGGAAAAAAGAGAAAAGAAAAAAGCUGGAUAAUUUUCUCCUUUAUUAUUCUGUGGUUGGUGUACUGGAGCUUGCUUCACAAUUGGGUAACUGAAUUUUUAUUUUUAAUUUGUCAUCAUCUGGUUAAGAAAGAGAAAAUUUAGGUUUUUUUUAUUGCUCCAUCUAUCUUCCAUUUUUGGGUAUUUUCUCUUUCUUUUUUUGUUUUGUCCUGAUGGCAAAUAGAUGGUGGGCUGGAAAUGUAGCCAUUAGAGGAAUAGACCCAAUGUCUUCACCACCUUCGCUUCAGCUGAGAAACACAAACGAAGAAAACAGCAACACAACUCCAACCAAUAGCAGCAACAACAGCAAGCAAAACCAACUCGAGGACGAAGACAAAGAUGCUGAAGAAGACGCAAACACAGUCACCAUGGACCCAGGAAGCAGCAGCGGUAACCGCCGGUCACGAGGCCGACCACCGGGGUCGAAAAACAAACCCAAACCUCCACUUGUGAUUACCAAAGAGAGCCCCAAUGCUCUCCGAAGCCAUGUAUUGGAAAUCAGCAAUGGGAACGACAUAGUCGAAAGCAUAGCCAACUUCGCUAAUAGAAGACAUAGAGGUGUCUCUGUCCUCAGUGGUAGUGGCAUUGUCACCAAUGUUACUCUCAGACAACCUGCUGCCCCCGGAGGAAUCAUUGCACUCCAUGGAAGAUUCGAGAUAUUGUCGUUGUCGGGUGCUUUCUUACCUUCCCCUUCUCCGCCGGGUGCGAGUGGAUUGACGGUUUACUUAGCUGGCGGACAAGGGCAGGUCGUCGGUGGUACGGUGGCAGGUGCGCUGAUGGCGUCAGGGCCGGUGAUAAUUAUAGGGGCAACAUUUACAAAUGCAACCUAUGAGAGAUUGCCUACGGAAGAUGAUGAGGAGGCUGCUGCAGGAGGAGAAGGAAUGCAAGUAGAGCAACAAUCCGGUGGGAAUUCGAGUUCUCAGAGCUUGGGAGGCGGUGAACAACAAGCUUCAUUGCCCAUAUACAAUUUGCAUCCGAAUUUGCUUCCCAAUGGUCAAAUGGGUCAUGAAAUGUUUUGGGGUCCUCCACCUAGACCCCCACCACCACCUCCAUCUUACUGAGUUGGAGAGAAUUUGGAUUUUAGCAGCUGACUUUUGUGCAAAAUGUUUUUUUUUUUUUUUUUUUUUUUGCCUUUUUUUUUCUUCGAUAGUUUACUUGUAACAAAAGUAAGCAAGAGGUUAGAACUUUUUUAUUUUUAUUUUUAUUUUUGUGUUUA